AUGUCGCGCUUCGAGAUCAACGAAAAAGACCUCGUCGGUCUCAAAGACAAGGUUGUCUUAGUGACAGGCGGAUCCUCGGGUAUCGGCCUUGGAACGGUCAACCUUCUUCUCUCUCUGGGUGCGCGAGUUACCAAUGUCGAUCUGAGUCUUCCCAAAGCUUCGGAGCCUGGCGAUCCGUCUCUAGUGGAGUCUCGUCUAACCUUCGAGCCAUGCAAUGUUUGCGAUUGGCAAGCUCUUCGUGGCGUAUUUGCGCGAACCGCAGAGCGAGAAGGUCGCAUUGACGCUGUCUUCGCGAAUGCCGGAGUUGGUGCCCGGACCCGGUUUAUCGACGACGAGAUCGAUCCUACUGAUGGAGAGUUGAAGGCACCAGACCUGAGUUGCGUCGAGACGAACCUUUUUAGCGUCAUUUCAACAGUCAAGCUCGCUGUUCACCACAUGCGCAAACAGGAGACCGGAGGUAGCAUUGUUCUCACUGCAUCUGUCAGCUCUUGGUCAAGAUUCAAAGCUGUUGAUUAUACCACGUCUAAGCAUGCUGUGCUUGGUCUUAUGCGCAGUCUUAUCCCGCAUCUAGAAGAGCUCCCUGUUCCCAUCAGACUCAAUUCUCUCGCUCCAAACUGGACUAAGUCCGGUAUUGUCAACGAGGAGAUGGUGUCUCUCACGGGACUCGCUCUGAAUACGCCUGAACAUGUGGCUCUAUCGGCUGCUUUACUCAUGAAUGACAACAACAGAAAUGGAGAGGUUAUUUUCAUCGACGGCGGGAAAUACUGGGAGAUUGAAGAAUCUCUGGGCGGAGCUGGGGUCGGUAGCUUCGUUGGAUCCUCACUGCCGAUCGGUAGCGACCAAGGAACGGACUGGGACCGCUACCUGGAGUUUUCCAGGAGGAUGAAUUUAGCUCUGAAGGGUCUUCAAUGA